AUGAUUGGUCAAUCGGUGAGCAAGGGAACGAGUGAGGGAGCGAAUGAGGGAGUGAGUAAGGGAGUGAGCGAAGGAGUGCCUGUGGGUGUGAGUUCACAGGAAGCUGGGGAGCUGAGAGGUCAAGACGGGUCACACGGGGUGGAGGAGGAAAGGAGGGAACUCGGGGAUGCAACGCAGACAGAAUGUGUGGGGGGGUUUGAGCGGAGAGGAGAGACUGAAAAGCCAGCAGGAGAAGGAGAAGGGAAGGAAGGAUCUUUAGUUGCCUAUCCAGUGCCGAUUGAGAGGACGACAGAUGCUGCAUGUGGGGGAGUGGAAGAAGGGGGUGAUGCAAGGAAUGGUGCUAGUAGUGGUGCUGGGAGUGCUACUACUAGUAGUGCUAGUAGUGAUGCUAGGGUGAGUGGUGAAAAGAGUAGGGAUCAGGGCGGCCAGAAGGCAGCAGCAGCAGCAGCAGCAGCAGCAGCAGCAGCAGCAGCAGCAGCAGCAGCAGCAGCAGCAGCAGCAGCAGCAGCAGCAGCAGCAGCAGCAGCAGCAGCAGCAGCAGCAGCAGCAGCAGCAGCAGCAGCAGCAGCAGCAGCAGCAGCAGCAGCAGCAGCAGCAGCAGCAGCAGCAGCAGCAGCAGCAGCAGCAGCAGCAGCAGCAGCAGCAGCAGCAGCAGCAGCAGCAGCAGCAGCAGCAGCAGCAGCAGCAGCAGCAGCAGCAGCAGCAGCAGCAGCAGCAGCAGCAGCAGCAGCAGCAGCAGCAGCAGCAGCAGCAGCAGCAGCAGCAGCAGCAGCAGCAGCAGCAGCAGCAGCAGCAGCAGCAGCAGCAGCAGCAGCAGCAGCAGCAGCAGCAGCAGCAGCAGCAGCAGCAGCAGCAGCAGCAGCAGCAGCAGCAGCAGCAGCAGCAGCAGCAGCAGCAGCAGCAGCAGCAGCAGCAGCAGCAGCAGCAGCAGCAGCAGCAGCAGCAGCAGCAGCAGCAGCAGCAGCAGCAGCAGCAGCAGCAGCAGCAGCAGCAGCAGGAGCAGCAGCAGCAGCAGCAGCAGCAGCAGCAGCAGCAGCAGCAGCAGCAGCAGCAGCAGCAGCAGCAGCAGCAGCAGCAGCAGCAGCAGCAGCAGCAGCAGCAGCAGCAGCAGCAGCAGCAGCAGCAGCAGCAGCAGCAGCAGCAGCAGCAGCAGCAGCAGCAGCAGCAGCAGCAGCAGCAGCAGCAGCAGCAGCAGCAGCAGCAGCAGCAGCAGGAGGAGGAGGAACAGCAGCAGCAGCAGCAGCAGCAGCAGCAGGAACAGCAGCAGCAGCAGCAGCAGCAGCAGCAGCAGCAGCAGCAGCAGCAGCAGCAGCAGCAGCAGCAGCAGCAGCAGCAGCAGCAGCAGCAGCAGCAGCAGCAGCAGCAGCAGCAGCAGCAGCAGCAGCAGCAGCAGCAGCAGCAGCAGCAGCAGCAGCAGCAGCAGCAGCAGCAGCAGCAGCAGCAGCAGCAGCAGCAGCAGCAGCAGCAGCAGCAGCAGCAGCAGCAGCAGCAGCAGCAGCAGGAACGGCAGCAGCCGUUGCAGCAUGGAAUGCCACGGAGCAGCAGCUAGCAGCAGCAAGCUCCACGCUCACCACGUGUCUGCGCCGCCUGCACCUGCUGCGCCGCAGGGAAGACCAGCUGCUCCUCGACCUGCGCCUGCGCUCCGCCUCCUCCCCCCGGGUGAGCUCUGCGUUCCAUGCUGCCCCUCUGUUUGUCCCUAUGCUCGCGCCUCUACUCACUUUGCUCCGCUGCAGGGAAGACCAGCUGCUGCUCGACCUGUGCCUGCGCUCCGCCUCCUCUCCCCUGCUGGGAGGGGCGCCUCAUGCCGCUGCAACUCACACUGCCCCACCGGCAUAUGCUGCACCGACAGCACCAGCUGCGGGAGGCGCAGGAGUAGUAGGAGUAGUAGGAGGAGGAGGAGGAGGAGGAGGAGGAGGAGGAGGAGGAGGAGGAGGAGGAGGAGGAGGAGGAGGAGGAGGAGGAGGAGGAGGAGGAGGAGGAGGAGGAGGAGGAGGAGGAGGAGGAGGAGGAGGGUCCCACUCCCACAAGAAGGCUGCUGUUGCCACUGCUGCUGGGGGGACUGGUGGAGGGGUGGGCGUGGGAGGAGGUGCAGGAGGAGGGGAAGUAGAAGGAGGGGGGACAGGAGGGGAUGGGACGAUGAAAGGAGGGGAGGGUGGUGGUGGUGUGGCGUCUAAUGUUGCGUGCUCCUUCCGCCCCGGGGCAGCAGCAGGGCAGCACAUUGCAGGCGGAAAGCACCUUGCAGGGGCAGCAGGGCAGCACAGGGCGUCAGGGGCAGGGGCAGGGGCAGGGGCAGGGGCAGGGGCAGGGGCAGGGAUGGUGCAACAAGGGCUGUUGCCGACUGGUGUUUCUGGGUCAGGGAGGGUGGGGGUUCGAUCCAGAGGGAGUGCUCUCAGCUCUCCUGUGCACCAGGAAACGUCGAGAGGGGGGUUGGGUGGGAGUGCUGGAAGGGGAGGAGGGGGUGAAGGAGAGGGGGAAAGGGGUGAUGGUGGUGGUUCUCGUGUGGGUAAGACAGGAGUUGAAGGGGAGGGGGGUGGUGGAGGAGGAGGUGGGGUUGAAGGAUUCGCAGGUGGGACAGUAGCAGCAGCAGCAGCAGCAGCAGCAGCAGCAGCAGCAGCAGCAGCAGCAGCAGCAGGGAUGGCAGGGAUGGCAGGGGUUGGGAGUGGCAGUGAUGGGCGUGCUGUUGUGCCCCAUGACGUCCAUUCAAACCAACUGGUUGCAUCUUCUGCUGCCAAUGCCAAUGCCAAUGCCGCCCCUGCCGUGGCUGCUACUGUUUCUGCUGCCGGUGGUGGCGACGCUGGUCGGCAUCAUCCCUCUCAACCCCUACGCACCGCACAACAUCGCCAUUCGCGCCAUCAGCAGCGGGAGCUACCGUAG